AUGUUGCUCAGCAUAUUUAAUCGCAGUGAACGCUACGUCUUGGACAACCUGUGGCUUCUCCUAGUCUACGUUGUCUUGUCAGCCCUCUCGCAGGCCCUCUACGACUAUCACAACAACUGCGCGAAUGUCUUGAGAAGUCUUACGACGAGAUUGAAGGGAAGGACUGAACCGAAGAGUGCGGUCGAUGUGGUGACUGAUGUCUGGGCGACGACUGUCAAUAGAUCUACCGAAGCGGUCGUACAAUACAACGGUGCGAUGGGUCUCAUGAAACUUAACGGUCAUAUCAACCAUAAGGUCAACACUAAAGACAUUUUCGCCAAAAGUCAAAGCAUUGCAACGAAAAGUGGGAAUCAGUUGAGGAAUAUCUCGCAAAACAUAUCACAGCAACCAUUAAGACAGGAGAAGCCAAAGUGUCGGGCGUUAUAUGAUUUUGAAUCCAAAAGUAGUGAUGAAUUGUCUCUCAAAGAGGGAGAUGUGAUUGAAUUGAAGAAACGAAUGGAUAAUCAUUGGUUUGAAGGCAUACUUAACGGAAGAAUCGAAGCGGGUGCGGCGCCAGAUCCCGGGGCUGCGGCGCUUGUCUUUGAGCCGGUGGCCGAACCCGCGGCGGAGGCAGUCUUGGAACCGGCGGCUGACGGAGCGGACGGUACAGCGGUGGCUGAGCCCGCUUUGGACGCCGACACUGCGGACCCGGCUUUCGAUCCCGUCUGCGAUCCCGGCGCUGCACUUGUCUUAGAGCCGACGGCUGACGGCAGUGCGCUUCGGACUGUACUCGAGACGGACGAUGACAGGGCUGAGGGCGCGGCACUCGUCUUGGAGCCCACGACCGAUGAACCGCUGGCGCUGACCGCCGAGCCAGCGGCUGAUCCCUGCGCUGAGCCCACGGCUGACCCUAAGUUCGUUCCGCUUCCUGUCUUUGAGCCAGUCUUGGAUCCGACAGCAGAUCCGGCUGCCGGUGCGCCUGUCUUGGAUCCGGCUGCUGGUGGCGCUCCCGUCUGCGAACCGCCGCCUUCUGCGGGCGGCGCCUCUGCUGGUGGCUGUUCUCCUGCCGGUGGGGCCUCUGCGGGCGCCCCUUCUUCUGGUUUAGGACCUCCUCCUCCGCAACAGUUUCCCAUUUGUCUCAAUAAAGCGGAUCUCAAACACUGA